GAUGUAUGAUGACAGUGGUUGUGAUAGUGUAAGAGGGAGUAGAGUGUAUGAGCUUCAUGAUUCGCUGAAGCCUUAUGCGCUUAAUUCUUCCCCAAUCUCUCUUCUUUUGCAGUGCAACACAAAACCCUAACUAACUAACUAACUUAAAUUUGCAUUGCGAAAUGGAACAUGAUGAGCAUUCAGAAUCACAAUCAAAUGGUGGAGAUGUAUCUUCAGCCACAGCAGUUCUCCUAGGAGCUCUAGCUCCCGGUGUUAACGGACCUACAUGGAAUACUUUAAAGUCGGCGUUUUUAAUGUUGGGUCUAUGUCUUGCUGUUAUGUUGGGCUUAGCAUUCUCUUCCAGUGAUUCAUCGUUGGUGCUCCAUGUUGGGUUCCUUGUUCUAAUUUGCCUUACCCUCUUCUUCCUCCUCAGCUGGUUCCUUGCAGAAACUGGUUUAGUCUCUAUUGAACAUCAAAUGCGAGAGAUGGGCUUGAAUCCUAAGGAUGCUCUAGAGACAAACAAAAAGAGUGAAUAACUAUUAGAGUAUAUUGUUUUUUCAUGAUCAUGUGAUAUACAUAUACACGACCAAAUUAGAGUAUAUUGUUUUUACAUGAUCAUGUGAUGUACGUAUACAUGACCAAAUUAGAGUACAUGGUCAAUUCACCAAAAAAGAAGAUAGUUAUAGAUUUUCAAUUUUGUACAUACUUUACUGUCCUCUAUUUGAUGUGUGGCUUCUUGAUGUCUUGUGCCACUGCAAGUGUUAAUUGCAUGUAUUGGGGAGAGUGUUAUUGCAUGUAUUGAUGGUUUUUUGGUGACUUGUGAAGUGAUGAUUUGAAGGAA